AUGAUCACGUCCAUGAAAAUAACUGCAGCAUCAUUGCUGGCAGGGGCGUCAGCUGUGAAUACCUCACUAAGCCUUGUUCCCGCAUCUUCAAUCUCGCAGUCACAUGUGCCGCAGUUCGUCAGCUACUCCUUCGAGCCGGCCUUCUGGGUCGAGUUCUUCGGCGAACCAGACGCCCCCCGCAACCUGACGUACACCCUCCUCAACCACCUCCACGAGCGCGGUGCUCGUCCCAUCAUCAGGGCGGGAGGCAUCACGAUGGACAGCAUGAUAUUUGACCCUUCCCAGAAAACAUCUGUUGUCCGCACUGAGAACAGCAAAGGAGGCAUCUACCGAACCACCAUCGGGCCAGCCUUCUACCGCUCCUGGGACAACUUCCCCGAGGGCACCACGUUCGUCUCUACUCUCAACUUUGGCAACAACUCUGUCCCCAUAGCCAGAGACCUUGCCCUCGCAUCCUACAACCUCCAGAAAGACAAGAUCAUCCACUAUGAGCUAGGCAACGAGCCCACAAACUAUCCAACCUCUCGCUGGCAGGGAAGCACGAAGGCUUACGUCGAUCAAUGGCUCUCCUUUGUUAAUCAGAUCAACAGUGCUCUGGGUGGCAACCGGACUGGCCACAGCAGCGGAAAAUGGUGGGCGUCAAGCGCAACAACCGACAUCACCCCUCUCAAGGUCCGUCCAGCAGACCUCAUCCCGGCCGGCAUCAACAACACCGGCCAAGUCUCGCAGUACUCCAUCCACUCGUACGCGUUUGCAACUUGUGACCCCGCUCGUGAGCGAUUGGCUACAAUCCCGAACAUCCUCAACCACACCGACCUACUCCGCUACGCCGACCAUGAAAUCUACCCUUCUGCCAAGCUAGCCAUGCAGCAAAAGGGUGAGUGGGUGAUCGGGGAGUUCAACUCGAUUGCUUGUAGCGGAAAACCAGGAGUAUCAGACUCGUUUGCACAGGCGCUGUGGACGGCAGACGUGGAGCUGAUCUACGCCGUGAGAAACGCGACAAGCGUGCACUUGCACCAGGGGGCAACGUUGGUGUUCCAGAGUAACCAGCAGCUGAACACGCCUGGAGAUGAUGGGACGCCGGGAUUUAGCAGCUAUUCGUUGUUGUACCCGAUCAACUCGACCAAGAGGGGCGAGGCGAGGGUGUUGCCGGUGUUUGUCAGUCAGCUGCUGGUGGUGGAGGCACUGAGUGAAGGGGGGAGGAUUGCUGCGCUAAAGACGCCCCGGGGGGUUGCUGAGAGGGAGUUUUCAGCGUAUGCGAUAUUUGAUGCUGCUGGUACGAGGGUGACCAAGAUUGUGGCCUUGAAUUUGAAGCUGUAUUAUGCUGGACAGCAGGAGCAAAGAGGGGAGGUAGUGUUGGAUUUAGGGGCUCAUAGAGGGGCGACGGUUAAGCGUAUGACUGCUCCAUCAGUGGAUGAGAAAGACGCUGCCAAGGUGACGUGGGCUGGGCAGUCGUUUAAGAAUGGUGUUGCUGUGGGCCAAGUGGCUGAAGAAAGUUUGGAAGCGCGAGGAAAAUUGUCGGUUCGGGAUAGUGAGGCAGUCUUGUUGACAUUUGAGUAA